CGCCGCCGCAGCCCGCCCAGAAGACGCUCCGGGGCGCCUCGCCCUCUGAGCGCGUGCAGAGUGGCCCCUGCCUGUAAGCCGGGCAUGGUGUGAAGCCACCCCCACCAUGGAGAGCCGCCUCCUGAAGCACGUGGAGAAAGACUUGAACAUCGACCGCAGCCAGUUGGCUGCAGCCCCGGAGGGCACACACGUUGUUGCUUUGGUGCCGACCAAGUGGCUAGUGAGCGUGAAGGAGCGGGGGACGCUCCCCAGCGUGUGUCCACGUCCGGAUGGCCUCAGUGAGGCGGAAGUGCGCACGUGUUUCCAGCGCUCUGUGCAGAAGUUGCCCUCUGGCUGGACUAGGGUGGAGAUCCAUGGUCUCAGGAAAGACCGGCUGUGCUACCCGCUGGCCACAACACACGGCACACAGAGCGAUCCCAAGGGCCGGCCAGAGACGCUCCACAGGUUCAUGAGGAAUGUGGCUUCGCAGAACUACCGGAACUUGUGGGCCCAAGCCCACCGCUUAUAUGUGCAGCCCUACCACCGUGCCCACGACCCACCCAUAGCCCCGGUCUUGGAGGUGCUCCGCAACGCCCUUCAGAAGUUGUAUAGCUGCCCCAUAGUGCAAGUGGGAAAGGGAACGUCCUGCACCUCUCCUGCGAAAGAGUGGAUCUCACCCAGCAGGGGCCAACGUCCCUGUCCCAGUCUCCUCCCCGCAGAAGCUCUGUUGGAAUCCUCAGAGAUGCUCUACGUGCUCUUCCCGUACGUGCAGUACUCCCUGCAUGACAUUGUCACCUUCAGUCCUGCCAAACUCUCCAACAGCCACGCCAAGCUCCUUUUCAUCCUUUUCCAGAUUCUGCAGGCCAUGCAAGCAUGCCAUGGGGCCGGGCUGGCAUGUGGGGCCUUCACCUUGCAGGAAGUAGCUGUGGAUGAAAAGCUGUGUGCUCAACUACGGGUUCACCUGCAGGAUUACGAGCAAGAGGAGGAGGAGGAGGAGGAAGCUGCAAGAGGCAGUGCAGGAGGGGACUCGGUGGCAGGCAGCUCUGCCGAGAAAGCAGCAGUGGGGACAGCACCCCAGGAAGGACUUGGCAGUCUUGUUCUGGACUGGGUGAAUGGCCGGCUUAGCAACUUUGACUAUCUCAUGCACCUGAACCGCUUGGCUGGGCGGCGGGUGGGAGACCCCAAUUACCAUCCUGUUCUCCCGUGGGUGGUGGAUUUCACCACCAAAAACGGCAAGUUCCGGGAUCUGCGGAAAUCCAAGUUCCGCCUCAACAAAGGAGACAAGCAGCUCGACUUCACCUAUGAGAUGACCAAGCAGGCUUUUGUGGCUGGAGGUGGCCUGGGUGGGGAGCAGCCCCAUGUACCUCACCACAUAUCAGAUGUCCUGUCAGAUAUCACCUAUUAUGUCUACACAGCCCGACGGACUCCCAAAGCCGUGCUGUGUUCCCACGUGAGGUCCCAGUGGGAGCCUAAUGAGUACCCGGCAAAUAUGGAACGCAUGCAGGGCUGGACCCCGGACGAAUGUAUCCCCGAAUUCUACUCAGACUCCACCAUCUUCAAGUCCAUCCAUCCAGAUAUGUUGGACCUGGAAGUGCCGGCUUGGUGUGGCUCCUGCGAGGAAUUUGUGGUGGCCCACCGAGCUCUGCUGGAGGGCUGGGAGGUGUCGCAGGAUCUCCACCACUGGAUUGACCUUACCUUUGGCUACAAGCUGAUGGGGAAAGAUGCAGUCAGGGAGAAGAAUGUCUGCCUUCAUCUGGUGGACAACCACACCCACUUGACCAGCUAUGGGGUAGUGCAGCUCUUCAACCAGCCCCAUCCCAGGCGCUUGGCAGGGCCUCUGCUCCUUCCCGCUGAAGCCCCUCUGGCUGUGAAGCCCCUCAUCCCCCCUGUGCAGGAGACCAGAGUGCUGGAAGACCUUAAGUUGGCCGACAAUGCUGGGGGCCUUUUCUUGGAGGUGGAGCAAGGAGCUGAAGCCCUGGAAGCCAUUCCUGUAGUGGGCAGAGGUGUGGAGCCGCCUGCUCUGAGUGCGCCUCCUGCACAGCCUUCUGGGACCCCUGCAGACAGCAAGCAUCCUGGCCGGAGGGCCAAGCCUCCCGUGCAGGUGGAAGGGGCGGAGGUGAAGAUCGCGCUCCCAGAGGGUUGCAACCCGCUGCAGGCCUUGGAGGAGUUGGAGCGGUUGGAUGCUUUUGUCCUGAAGGGGUUGCAUGGCAAACUGGCUGAGCUGGAGCAGCCCCUACCUGAGCUGCCCCUGGGGCUCUCAGCUCUGUUCCAAAGGGACAUGCAGGCCCUGGGGGUCCUGGUGGCUGAGAUCAUCUUUGCAUCCAAGCUGCGGGCCAUGAAGCCAGGCGAGACGCUGCAGGAACGCUUCCAGAUGGCCCGGAGGCUUUGCCAGUAUCACCCCAAAGAGAUCCCAGCUCCGCUUCAGCAUCUGCUGGAAACGUUGCUGCGGCUGAGCAUCCCGGACAUCCAGCUUUCGGGGGAGCUGGUGAGCUCGGGGAAGAGCCGGCUGUUUGCCUAUGAGCCUGUCUGGCAAGGCCUUCCGCCCCCCUGCCCUUCUCAGCUGCUGAGCCCCUUUGGGGCAGUCCUGCCCUUUCCACCCUAUUUCCCAUCUCUGCACAAGUUCAUCUUCACUUACCUGUCCAGGAAGGCUGAGGAUGCCGGGCAAGGGCGGGAGCUUGUUUUCCAGCUGUGGCAACAGCUGGAGAGUGUGCUGCGGGACAACACCCCGGAGGGUUUGGAGAUCUUGCUGCCCUUUGUGCUGGCGCUGAUGUCUGAAGAGAAGACGGCGGUCCACGCAGCUUGGUAUCUCUUCGAGCCCAUUGCCAAGGCCUUGGGCCCCAAGAACUCCCACAAGUACCUGCUGAAGCUCUUGAUCGCUGCCUACGAGAGCCCCGGCAGUCUGCACGGACGCUUCUACCUGUAUGCCGACUGCUUCGUCGCCCAGCUGAUGAUACGCCUGGGGCUGCAGUUGUUCCUUUCCCAUCUGCUGCCCCACAUCCUGCAGGUUCUGGUGGGGGCAGAGGGUUCUGCCCCAGAGGACGACAGGGCUUUGCUGCUGGGCACCGCUGAGGACGAUGAGAGCGGGGAGGGCAGCCCCGGGCCAGGCUCCUUUGGGGAGGAGAUCAAGGCCGAUGCGGAACGGGGCUCGGGGGUGCUGGAGCUGCUGGACUACAUGUCUGGUGUCAGCUUGCAUGACCAGGGUUACCUGCCGGAGAGCGAAGAGUUCCAGAACGGCCUGUAUGUGGCAGAGAACUUGCAGGAGCCGGAGUCCCUGAGCCUGGGGCACCUGAGCGAUAAGAGCAGUGCCAGCGAGGUGUCCUUGGGAGAGGAUCGGCCAGCUGCUGAUGGGGAGUCCCUGAAAGACAAGGCCAGCCUUGAGUCUCUUGACAGCAGCCAAGAUCUGAAGCACAGUGAAGAAGAGGAAGAGCAAGGUCAGCGGGACAGGGAAGAAGACCAAGAUGAUGCCCCCCUGGCCACAGACGAGCUGGUAGUGCCUGUGCCUGGCAAUGUGCCUUUGGAAGCCAGCCUAGCUGAAGAGGAGGAGGAGGAGGAGGAGGAGGAAGAUGGGUCUGAACAGGACAUGCCUGACCAUGAUGGAGAUAAGGAGCAGACAAUCUUGCUGGACACAGCCAGCAAAACGGUGAAAUGGCUCUCGGCCAAGCUGGGCCCCACCACAACCUGCCGCUACAUUGCCAGGAACCUUCUGCGCCUGCUGACCUCUUGCUACAUGGGUCCCCACAGGCAGCAAUUUGUGUCUGGCACAGAAGAGAUCCGUCCUCUGAGCGCCGGGAGCAUUUACCAGAAGCGACCUGUGCUGGGGGAUGUUGUAUCUAAGCCGGUGCUGGCUUGUCUGGUGCACAUAGCACACCUGUAUGGAGAGCCUGUCCUUACCUACCUCUACCUACCGUAUCUCAGCUACCUGGUGACCCCCAGCACCGGGGCAGGUGCUGGCCGGCUCAACAGCCGCAAGGAAGCUGGUCUCCUGGCUGCUGUGACGCUGACCCAGAAGAUCGUAGUCUACCUCUCGGACACCACCUUGAUGGACAUCCUCCCCAAAAUCAGCCAGGAAGUCCUGCUUCCUGUACUCGGCUUCCUCACCUCACCGACCAUCAGUUUUCCUAGUGGGGCCCAGGCCCGUCUCAUCUUGUGCAUCAAGGCCAUCAGCCUGGUGGCGCUGGUAGCUUUGCGGAUCGGGUCAGAAAUGGUGCAGCAGCACCUGAGCAGCACCCUCCAGAUGUUCUUCGAGGCCUUUUCGUUGCCACUGUCAGAGCAGGAUGUGCCUAUGGAGCCUGCUGUGGUCCAGCCAAGGCAACUGCCCCAUGACCCGUCUGCUCUGGAGGAGCUGCAGAAAGUCUUCAACCCUGAGAUGGCUUAUUCCACCUUCGUGACCUUCUCUUGCUUGCUAGGGGACGUUAUUCACACCAUCGUCCCCAACCACGUGCUGGUCGGCCACCUGGCGAGUCUGUACCUGGCGAGCAUCCCAUGCAGCGAGGAGCCCGUACCAGGCAUGGCUUCCUUGGAGCGCAGCACUCUGGGCACAGAUCCCUUUUCCGGCCUUUGCGAGGACACGCACUCGGGCACGUUUGGGAGUGUGUUGGUGGGCAACCGCAUCCAGAUCCCCGUGGAAGCCCAGCAGGAUGUCUCCGGCAGCCCCAACAGCUAUUGCUUCGCUUCAGGGGGCAGGGAGGAGCACGCCCUGAAGCAGGAGCUGCCGCGCAGCGCCCACCUGCUGUGCGGAAACUGGCUGGCCUAUUGGCAGUAUGAGAUUGGCGUGAGCCAGCACGAUGCCCGCUUCCACUUCCACCAGAUCAAGCUGCAGAGUUUUGUGGGCCACCUGGGAGCCAUCAAGUGCAUGGCCCCACUGAGUGGCGAGGACUUCUUCCUGAGUGGCAGCAAAGACAAGACCGUCUGCCUGUGGCCCCUGUACAACAGGGGUGACGGCACUCAUGAGAUCAGUCCCCGCCUGACUUACGCCCAGCACAAGAAGUCGGUCUUCUACGUUGGCAUGCUGGAUGCACCACAACAUGUUGUCAGCUGUGAUGGCACCAUCCAUAUCUGGGACCCCUUCACAGGCAAACUAAUCCACACCUUUGAGGCGCCAGACAGCAAAGUGCCCAUCACAGCUGUGAGUGCCAUGCCUCCGCCCUACAGCAGUGUCAGCAUGGCCAGUGCAGAUUCAGUCUUGCGUUUCAUCGACCACCGGAAACCAGGAUUGCAGCAUGAAUUCCGGCUGGCCACGGGGGCAAACGCUGGCCUCAUCCGUAGCCUGGCUGUCAGCCCCAGUGGGCGGAGUAUAGUGGCUGGCUUUUCUUCUGGCUUUAUGGUGCUGUUGGACACCAGGACGGGCCUCAUCUUGCGGGGGUGGCCGGCGCAUGAGGGAGACAUCUUGCAGAUUAAGGCCACAGAGGGGAACACGCUCAUCAGUUCCUCCUCUGACCACUCGUUGACCAUCUGGAAGGAGUUGGAGCAGAAACCGCUGCAGACUUACAAGUCCGUCUCUGAGCCGAUUCACGCCUUUGACCUCUAUGGCAAUGAGGUGGUGGCCGGCACCGUGGCCAACAAGAUUGGCGUCUACUCGCUGCAGGAGUCCUUGCCUGCUAGCAUCACCAAGCUCAGCUCUGAAAACUUCCGGGGGACUUUAACCAGCCUGGCCGUUCUUCCCACCAAGUGCCACCUUCUUCUGGGUUCGGACAAUGGGACUGUUCGCCUCCUGGCUUAGCCCUUCUCCACUCAGCAUGUAUGAUGAAUUUCCUUUGAGGGACAGUAGCAAAGCCUAUGGCCAACAGGACUCCCCACCCAUGCAGGAGGGAAGGGAGGAGGGAAACAGGGGACUUUGUUGAAGCGUCCUUUCUGUUCCCGAAAGCCUCUAAGAACAGUGGAACCCAUUCCUAAUAAGCUGGCUGCUGGGCAGCCCCGGGGGCGGAAUCCUCCCAUCACCUCACGUGCCUAAGUCUCUUUGGGAUCAAGGGGUGUUUCCCAGAGAAACUCACUAAGGAGGGGGCCUGUGACUUCUCCCCCCCCCACACACACACAUGUAGCAUUCCACAUCCUGGUUGCUCUUCUCCCUGGAAGUGUGGCCAGCUGGAAAAAAUUUGAAAUGGGAGCGCACUAGGGAUGGGCGUUUGUUACCUGAAAGGUGACCUUAGGGUGGCCAGAGGGAGGGAAAGUCGGGUUCUUGCGGUCCACGAAAAGGCACGCUCUCCACACCUCUCGGGCACCAAGCUUCUGUCAUAUGGGAAAUGCCCAAGUGGGGCUUGGACUAAGCUGCAAAGCUCAGAAGGACCGUCUCAUCCUUGCCUGUCCAGCAGUGCCCCGAGAGAUGCCCUUGGCACACGUUCUGCUCGCACUGACCAAAUCGUCAUUCCAGGGUGGGCUGGAGCGUCCAUCCCCGCCCACUUACUCACAUACCAGUGGUGCAAGCAGUGAGAAGAGCGUGCUUUCAUUCUUCACCUGGGGUGGGGAAAGGGAUAGCCCUUGUGGCUGAUCAAUUGCAAUAGAUUGUAUAAAUAUUCUAAUAAACACUUUGGAGCUGA